AACCUCGAGGGACGGUCUUCGAAGGAACCCUAAACCCUGGAAGACGUCUCGCUCGAUAGAAGCCAGCAAUCGAUCGAGGUCAUGGUGCAGUUCGUGGGCAAUUUGUAGUGUCAAUUCUCCUUCGGGGAUUUCGUCACGAUGGCGGAGGGGGUGAAGAAGAUUCGGAUUGACAAGAAACACGGGAAAGGGCCGAUCAAAAAAGGAGGUCGGGGCAAGGACAGAGCAGGAAAAGAUGGAAUUAAACAGCACAGUAAAUUCAAGCGGACCAAGAAGAUGGAAGAAACUGAGGAAAUUAAGGCACUAGAGGAAAGAAUUGCAGCAGGGGCACCGCAAUCUGGUACAAAUCCCCUUGCUAUUUCUCUUCCCGUAGAAAGUAAACCUGGGGUUAUCGACGUUUCUCAGCCCUAUGCUGGUGCGAAAGUCUUCGAGCAGCUCCCGUUGUCUCAAAAUACUAAGAAAGGGCUGAAGGAGAACAAGUAUAGUCAUAUGACCGCAAUUCAACGAGCUUCCAUUCCUCACUCUCUCUGUGGGAGGGACGUCUUAGGAGCUGCAAAGACGGGCUCAGGGAAGACUCUUGCGUUUUUAAUUCCGGUCAUUGAAAAGCUCUUUAGAUUACGCUGGAGUCGCGACGAUGGAGUGGGUGCCAUCAUCAUCUCUCCUACGAGAGAACUUGCUUAUCAGAUUUUUGACGAACUCAAGAAGAUUGGAAAAUAUCACAGUCUUAGUGGUGGUCUUCUUAUUGGUGGAAGAAAGGAUGUGGAAACAGAGAAGGAGCAUGUUGGAAGACUCAACAUUUUAGUAUGUACACCUGGAAGAUUGUUGCAGCAUAUGGAUGAGACCCCCGAUUUUGACUGCACUCAGCUGCAGGUUUUGGUCUUGGACGAGGCCGAUCGAAUUCUGGACAUGGGAUUUUCGGGUACUAUCAACGCAAUCGUCGCUCAGUUAAACAAAGAACGACAAACUCUUCUUUUUUCUGCCACCCAAACUAGAUCAGUUCAGGAUCUCGCACGUCUAAGUCUUCAAGAUCCAGAGUACUUGGCUGUACACGCGGAAUCAACUGCUGCAACACCCGCCCGGCUGCAACAGACUGUCAUGAUCGUGCCUUUGGAUGAGAAGAUGGAUAUGCUCUGGAGUUUUGUGAAGACUCAUCUCCACGCAAAAACCCUCGUCUUUCUUUCUAGUUGCAAGCAGGUCAAGUUCGUUAAUGAGGUGUUCAAGCGGUUGCGACCUGGUGUUCCAGUCAAGUGUCUUCAUGGCCGGAUGAAACAGACACAGAGAAUGUUGGUGUAUUCCAGCUUUUGUGAGACGAAGCAUUCCAUUAUGUUUUGCACCGAUGUUGCCGCCAGAGGACUGGACUUUCCAGCCGUGGAUUGGGUUGUUCAGAUGGAUUGUCCCGAGGAUGUCGCAUCCUACAUUCACCGUGUGGGCCGCACUGCUCGGUACACAGCGUCUGGACGCUCCUUGAUGUUUCUGACGCCAUCAGAGGAAGUUAUGCUUGAAGAUUUGAAGGCUGCCAAGAUACCGAUCAAGACUAUCAAGCCCAACAAGGACAAGGUGCAAUCAGUGACCGGAACUAUAGCAAGUCUUCUGUCUAAGAAUACAGAGCUCAAGUAUCUAGGACAGCGUGCUUUCGUCACGUAUCUGCGAUCUGUUCAUCUCCAGAAGAAUAAAGCAGUCUUCGACGUGACGAAGCUUCCAAUCGAGGAAUACGCAGUGUCACUAGGUUUACCUACCACUCCUAGAGUUCGUUUCAUGAAAACGGCGAGUAACAAGAACCGAGUUCUAAAGAAGAAUGACAGUGACCACAGUGAAGAUGAGGGAUCAGGUGAUGAGAAAGAUGAGGAAGAAGAGGAAGGGGAAGAUGAGGACGAGAAAGAGGAUGAUCCCACACCAGAAGAAAACGCGAUGGAGAUGGCUGAUCUUGACCUCAAGCCAAAGGCGGUCAAGGAGAAGAAAUCAAAACUCGAUCGUUUGUUUAAUCGGAAGAAUAUUGACGUGCUUUCUAGUGCCCAUGAAAAGAUGCGAUCUAGAAACGUGCAAGACGAAGAAGACGAAGAAUUUAUGAGCAAGAAGAGACCGAGGGCUGACAACGAAGAAGAAGCUGACCCGACGGUUUCUGUUCUUAUUAAGAACUCCGGUGUCAAGGUAUUGAAGAAGAAAAAGCUGAAGAUCGAUGCUGGAAAAGCAGGGAGCCAGCGGAUGGUCUUUGACGACGAAGGAAAUGCCCUGCCUCCUCUUGCUGCCUUGGCUAGAAAGGAUGAUGAGGCAUCAAAUGCAGCUGGUAUCACAGAUGAAGUAGCCCAAGCUGCAGGAGAACACUUCCAAAGAAUCAAGGAGGAAAUGAGGAAGAGGGACAAAGAAGACAGGUUGAUGGAGAAACAGCGACUGAGAGAGAAGAGAUUCAAGACGAAGAUGAAGCUGAAGGCCGCGUCUGAGGACGCUAAAGAAGACGCAGGUGUUCAACUUGGGAACGGUUCUGACAGUGAAGACGAGGACGAGUCGAUGGACGAGCGGCCAAGGAAAAGGAAUGGUGGAAGCAGCGAUCUUGAUGUAUCAGACUAUGAGGGUCCUCUUGGUGGCAGUGAUUCAGACUUCGAUCCUGAAGAGAAACAGCCUGAGAAAAAGAAGAAGCCUUUCGCAAAGCUGACCAUUUCCGAGCAAGAAGACCUAGCUCUGAAGCUAUUGAAGUCCAGAAGCAGCACGUUCUGAGAUGACUAUUUUUAUCACAGUUCCUCGAGAUUCUCUUGAAUCAAUGUACCAUAAAAUUUUGUCCGAGGGACUUGAUCAUCAUCUGAGAAAUACUCCACGCAUAGUAACCUGUCAGAGGAAGUCUAGCUGCAACGUUUGUGCAGCAUAAGCAGUGGGGCUUUGUGAUCACUCUGCUAUCCGCAGCACAGUUCGUCAUACAGUUUUGGCAGUUUUUGAGGGGAGUUGUUUCUUACGGAGUCGAGAACAGUUUUUUGCCCACACCGAUAGGUUGAAAUACGUAUGGAGGUGUAGAGCAUUGAGUAAUUCUUUUGAUCGGAUUGCAGAUGUAUUUUCUGCGUGUAGAACAUCCGGUCCCUAUACAUAGUAUAAGAACAUUCAGAUUUUAUGAGAGCACUGAUUUUUUCUUCGUGUAUUACCUUCUGACCAACACGUCCGGCGAAAUGAAUCGUAUAUGGAAGUAAAUUUGAUGAGAAAAUGUUCACGUUGGUGCUGACUUCAUUACC